AACCAGUUUCAAGUAGUGUUGCCAAGCUAGCUAUUUGCCCUCUGGAAUUUAUCUUGAAAAUGGCUAUCGAUCAAUAGUAUCGAUACUGAAAUCGACUCUUUACCAGCCCUAUUGUGAAAUUCGCGCAAUUAUACGAAAUGAAACCAUGGCCUCCGCACGCAGCCAUGUUAGCAUGCAGAGCAAAUACGAUCGUGUGGUCCUCCUGGUGGACAUGGACUGCUUCUUUUGCCAGGUGGAGGAGAAGCAGCAGCCCGAGUACCGCAACCGGCCCCUGGCCGUGGUCCAGUACAAUCCUUGGCGCGGGGGCGGCAUCAUUGCUGUGAACUAUGCGGCGCGGGCCAAGGGAGUUACUCGCCACAUGCGCGGCGACGAGGCGAAGGACCUCUGUCCUGAAAUCGUGCUCUGCCAGGUGCCCAACAUCCGGGAGAAGGCGGACACGAGCAAGUAUCGCGACGCUGGCAAGGAAGUGGCCAAUGUGCUGCAACGCUUUACCACGCUUCUGGAGCGCGCCUCGGUAGACGAGGCGUAUCUGGAUAUCACGGAAACGGUGAACCUGCGCAUGAAGCAAAUGCAGAGUGGCGCCUUUGCACUGAAACCGCAGGAGCUGGUUAACACCUUUGCCGUGGGCUACAGCAAUAUCGGAGACUAUGUCAACAAAAUCACGAACCGGUUUGCCAAUCCCUACAUCGAUGACGAACGCUUCGCGCUGUCCUAUGACCAAAACGACUUGCCCGCCGUCCGACAGAGCGACAUCAGGCUGCUUAUCGGCGCCUCCGUGGCUGGCGAGGUGCGGGCAGCGGUCAAGAAAGAGACCGGUUACGAGUGCUCGGCGGGAAUAGCGCACAACAAAAUCCUAGCCAAGCUGGCUGCCGGCCUGAACAAGCCCAACAAGCAGACUGUUCUUCCGCUGGCGGAGAUCCCCGGUUUCUUUGAAGCCCUGCCCGUGGGCAAGAUCAAGGGUCUGGGCGGCAAAUUCGGCGAGGUGGUGUGCGAAACCAUGGGUAUUAAGUUCCUGGGCCAAAUAGUCAAGUUCACAGAGGCGGAGCUGCAGCGCAAAUUUGAUGAGAAGAAUGGCUCCUGGCUGUUCAACAUCUCUCGCGGCAUCGACCUGGAGGCAGUGACUCCACGCUUCUAUUCCAAAAGCAUUGGGUGCUGCAAGAAGUUUCCGGGGCGGAACAAUAUCACUGGCUUGAAAACGCUCCAACACUGGCUUGGUGAACUCUCCUCUGAGAUCAACGAUCGACUGGAGAAGGAUUUCAUUGAGAACAAUCGCAAGGCCAAGCAGAUGGUAGUGCAGUACGUCCAGGACAUUGACGGUGAGGAGGUGGCUAGCUCCCGCUCCACCGCGCUCAAAGACUACGAUCAGGAAUCGCUGGCAAAGUUUGCCUUGGACCUCAUCAAGGCCAAUACAAAGACAUUCCUGAGGGCCGGAAGUGAGGCAGCUUUGAACAAUGCCAUCAAGUUCCUGGGCAUCAGCGUCGGCAAGUUCGAGACCGUUUCCAAUGCCCAGAACAAACUCCAGGAAAUGUUUGCCAAUCAGGCGGCCAAGAAGCGAAGGGUGAGCGGUGAGGAGCCAGUAAAAUCAGUCCCUGUGGAAAUAAAGCCCAAGCAGACGGAAGAGUCCAAGAUGCAAAGCUUCUUUGCCAACUAUCUAUCCAAGAAAGAGGAUAAGAAGCCGGAGGCCACAAAUCCUGUGGCUGCGCCUUCUAAUGAAGGUCCAAAAAAGAAUUUCUUUGAGGAUUACAAACAGAAGCUGAAGGCUGUCAUCCAAGCAAAAGCCGAAAACGAGGGAACUGCCAUUAAUUCAACGCCUCCAGAGCUUAAGGAGAGUUUCUUCUCAAAGUACUUGAAGCAACAAAAAGAGAACCAGGAGGAGAAGUCUGGGGCAGCAGAAGAGGAUGAUAUGCACGGCCUGGCCGAGGAGUUGGACGCCAUCGAGGCUAGCACCCAAAAGGAUUUCGAUGACGAUACUGUAGAGGAUACCGAUUUAACAAGAGCAGGCCAGACAUCGGUAUCUGAGGAUCCUGAGGCAGAGAAGCAUAAUUCUAUUUCGAAUCCUCCCACAUCAGAAAUUGAAUCUCGUUCGUCGCAUGCAGAACAACCUCCACUUUCCGAAGAGGAACUGCAGCCAUCAACCUCCUCUAAGCGUAAAUUCAACGAAGUGGACAGCACUUAUAAGGAGAGUUAUGCCGAGUACGCUGUUCCGGAGCUGCGCUCUGGCCUUUUGCCCACGGUGAAGUGCGAUCAAUGCGGAGCUAAGAUCCUUGACGACAUCACGGCCCUGCAAACACACCGAGACCAUCAUUUCGCACAGGAGCUAAGUCGCCAGCUGAAGAGUGAGCAGCGGGAGGAGCGGCAGAAGGAGUGCCGCCAGAAGGUCGCACCCAAGCCAUCGCCGCCAAAAAAGGCCAAGAAGGCCAUCAGUACAAACUCUGCUUCUCCCAGUACUAGCAUAGCCAAGUUCUUCAGCGUUAAGGAGCCGGCGCCACCACCACCAAGCGAUGUUCCAAUGCAGCAGUGCUCCGAGUGCAAGGCAUACGUAAAGAGUGUAGAUAUGCCGGAGCACAUUGACUACCAUGUGGCCAGGAACCUCCAGCGCGAAUUGAAUCAGCAGGACUUGCGCACUCGAACAGCGGCGCUCAGCAAGGACAAGACAUCGCCGGGUCAAUCUAAGAAACAAAAACAGAAGUCAUUAAAUGUUACAAUUGGAGGUUCCUCAAGUGGAAAUAAGACAAUAGCUCAGUUCUUUAGUCAAAGCCAUUGAGUCAUUACCGCACCUUUUUUCUAUCACAAUUUACAAAUCAAAAUAAGUAUGUUAUGGAAAAUUUUCUUAAAUUCUGCUAGGAUGUAACUCAAGCCAAAGCGGCUAUAUAUAUAUUUUGUUUAUUCAAUUGUAAUGUAAUUAAUUUCGGCGGACAGCUUGAUUGAUUAUUGAAUUGCCUUUUGUUUUCUUAAUUGUAAACUUGACUUAUUGAAGCUAAUACUUUUUUUUAUAAUUGUACAAACCUGUUCCAUUUUCUACUCUAAUAAGAUUAAGAUGAACAUCAUUUUUAGGCUUAAGUACCAAUGUUGAUCAUUGCCAAUUGCCAGUGAAUAAAUCAAAUUCAGUUCUUUGUUAAUGCUA